AUGGGCGAAUGGACGAUCCUGGAGCGGCUGCUGGAGGCGGCCGUGCAGCAGCACUCCACCAUGAUCGGCAGGAUCCUGCUGACAGUGGUGGUGAUUUUCCGCAUCCUGAUCGUGGCCAUCGUGGGCGAGACGGUGUACGAGGACGAGCAGACCAUGUUCAUGUGCAACACCCUGCAGCCGGGCUGCAACCAGGCGUGCUAUGACAAGGCCUUCCCCAUCUCCCACAUCCGCUACUGGGUCUUCCAGAUCAUCCUGGUCUGCACCCCCAGCCUCUGCUUCAUCACCUACUCGGUGCACCAGGCGGCCAAGCAGCGCGAGCGCCGCUACUCCUUCCUUUACCCCCUCCUGGAGCGCGACGCCAAGAAGGCGCGGACACUCAACGGCGUGCUGGCGCCCGGCCCCGACGGCGGCUCCAAGGACGAAGCCGAGUGCCUGGAGGCCAAGGAGCUGCCCAGCACGCCGCCGCGCCGCGCCAAGGCCAAGCGGCAGGAGGGCAUCUCACGCUUCUACGUCAUCCAGGUGGUGUUCCGCAACGCGCUGGAGAUCGGCUUCCUGGCCGGCCAGUACUUCUUGUACGGCUUCAACGUGCCCGCCAUCUUCGAGUGCGACCGCUACCCCUGCGUCAAGGAGGUGGAGUGCUACGUCUCUCGGCCCACCGAGAAAACGGUCUUCCUGGUCUUCAUGUUCGCCGUCAGCGGGAUCUGCGUGCUGCUCAACCUGGCGGAGCUCAACCACCUGGGUUGGCGCAAGGUGAAGGCGGCCGUGCGCGGCGUGCAGGCGCGGCGCAAAUCCUUGGUGGAGGUGCGCAAGAAGGAUGGCGCCGCGUUGACCCCCGCGCCCACCCUGGGCCGCACGCAGUCCAGUGAGUCGGCCUACGUUUAA